CAAUCUCUUGCAUUGGUUGAGCAAAUAUUAGUUGGGAUGUUGGCUCAAGAAACUGAUCUUCAAUUUUCAAGUUGUUUGGCAGCUUCUUCUACUUUAGCAGCUAGUCCUACACAAGGAACGUAUCUUUGA